AUCGUGAUUGAACUUGAUAAAAAUUUGGACAGUAGCACGUCAAAAUUUGUCGAACUUCCCUAUGCAUUUAAACCUUACAUUGAAUUAUUCAAAAAUAUGGGUGUUAAACAAAAAAUGGAUAUUCCUGACUUAAUAAAUAUCAUCAUAAAUGAAUUUCAAUCUACUGAUGUUACAAGGAUUCUAUCGAAUGAAGAAUUAGACAAGGUGAUAGUAAUUAUUAAACUGGUCGCAAAUAGAGUUAGUGAACAAGGUUAUUCUUAUGCAAGUUUAAAAGAUUUGUUGGUACCAAGCACUGAUUGCCAGUUGGUGAACAUAUACGAGAUUUAUUUUGAUGAUAUGAGAUCAAGGAUCUAUAAAAAAGAAAAAAUAGUCCAUUCUUUGAUUUCUUAUUCUGUCGCAAAAACUCUUGAAAUAAAAAUGCUUACCGGAAAGUUUUUUGAUU